AUGGCCGCCCGAAAGCUUCAGCAGGAGAUCGAUAAGUGCUUCAAGAAGGUCGACGAGGGGGUAGUGGAGUUUGACUCGAUCUACGAGAAGAUUGAACAAUCGUCGAAUGCCGCCCAGAAAGACAAGCUGGAAGAUAACCUCAAGCGCGAGAUUAAGAAGCUGCAGAGGCUUCGGGAUCAGAUCAAGACAUGGGCCCAGUCAAACGACAUCAAGGACAAAGGUCCUCUGCUGGACAAGCGCAAACUGAUCGAAACUAAGAUGGAGAACUUCAAGGCGGUCGAGAAGGCUAUGAAAACAAAAGCGUUUUCGAAAGAGGGCUUAUCCGCUGCAGCCAAGCUGGAUCCAAAAGAGCGAGCAAAGUCGGAUGCUUGUGAUUUCUUGAGCACAUCGGUGGACGACCUAGAGCGCCAAAUAGAAACAUUGGAAGCCGAGGCGGAAUCGCUACAGGCCACUAUGAAGAAGGGGAAAAAUCAAUCAUCCAAGGCCGAUAGGAUCGACGAGAUACAGAGGAUAACAGAACGGCAUAAAUGGCAUCAGGGCAAGCUGGAGCUUAUAAAACGAUCUUUGGAGAAUGGCGGAGUGGAGACCGAGCAAGUCAAUGAUCUGGAGGAAAGCAUAAAGUACUACAUCACGGAUGGUAUGAGUGAGGACUAUAUGGAAGACGAAACGAUGUACGAUGAUCUCGACCUGAAGGAAGACGAAGACAACUACGGCAUGAAUAAUGACAAUGACCGUGUGUCAUCGCAAGACACACAGUCAAUACAGGAUGACACACCAGAAGUAGACGUCCGGUCGAGCAGUAUCCUAAAACCAAAGGCUGCACCAGAGCCUCCUGUUGCUGCAGCUCGGAGACCAUCAACACAGAUGAAGAGUCCUUUACCGACGGUAGCUACUCUACAUACGCCGUUAACGACCAUCUCCAAUAGUACGACAAGCCUGAUGAAGCCUGCCGCUGUGCCGACGAGAGCGCCUGGAGAGACAUUGAAGUAUGCUUCAGCGGCAGCGGCAGCAGCAGCAAGUGACAAGAUGGGGAUUGCUCCGUUACCUCCGCCUCCUGAAGCUCUCCCACCGCCGAAUACCUUAACUGGACAUCCGCCGCUACCCUCGCAUCGAACCCCAAGUGUGAUGGCAUCUCCAACCCCAUUGUUUUCUCAGCCAGCAAGCGUGCAUCAGACACCCGUUACGCGGUCCAGUGUUCUGGUCGGCACUCAAGUACCUGAUACGCCUGGGAGUUCGCAAACGAAAUCACCAGCAUUGAGUGCAUCGAGUGUAGCCCCUAGUACAUCACGGCAAACCUUGGAGCAACCCGAUAGUUCUAGACCCUGGGCUUCGAGAGUCACUUCCGGCAAAGCUGCAGCAAUGCAGGCGACGCAUGAGAAAGCCAAAGCCGAAGCAGAAACCACUCCUCUCAAGAGCAAUGGGGUCGCAAACGGUACUAAGAGCAACGUUCUAGAUGACCAGGAUGAAUCCAUCUUCCACUUGCCAUCAGGCCUGGACGACUUGCUACAGUCAUACGAGAGCAGUUCACGACGGGUUACUGUUCCACAGUCACAGUCAUCCCAAAGGAUGCUCUCAGCGUCACUGAGCAGCUAUCCGGACCUCUCUGAUGCAUUGGCACCGAUAGCUUACAGGCCAAAAAACCCCGUCAAAACGCCUGCCUACUAUCCUCAAGAGGUCAAUCCCUGCUUAGAUGAUGCCCGGUUAUAUUCUAGGAUCGACCCAGAUACGCUGUUCUAUGUCUUCUACUACAAGCAAGAGACGUAUCAUCAGUACCUUGCAGCUAAGGCUCUCAAGGACCAGAGCUGGCGAUUCCACAAGCAGUAUCAAACUUGGUUCCAGAGACACGAGGAACCAAAGACAAUCACUGAGGAGUUCGAGCAAGGCACUUAUCGAUUUUUCGACUACGAGAGUACAUGGAUGAACCGCAGAAAAGCAGACUUUAGAUUUGCUUACAAGUUUCUUGAGGACGAUGUAUGA